AUCCGAACCAGGGUCCUGUGGGAUCCAAUGCUGCGUGGCUUCCGCUCCGAAUGGGGGGGGCCUUGACUUUCAACAGCUCCGAGUCUCAACCCUCAAUACCUACUCUCGUCAAUAUUACUGCUUUGCGCUUCUUCUCGGCCAUCUUCCGUGGAAAAUACAAUCUGAUUCUUGUCUUGUUUUCGUUUCGCUAUGAUACCCCGGUGAUACUCUCUGUCUACCUUCGACCACGAUACCUUCACGCUACCUUGGCCUGCUGGCCCGCGCCUAGUACAGCUUGAGCCUCCCACGAUCAUAUUACCGAUUGCCGAACUCCCCAUCUUCCCAAGUCGCCAAUCCACCGACGCAUGACCAACCGCCAUUUCGUCUUCCCCUGAGCUUAGGCCUAGGACUUCCGGGAGACUUGAUGAGCCAUCAUGUUCUCCAACCAGGGUGCUCGCAAGUCGGUCGAUAGUCUUUCGCCAAUACCCGAUGCCGGGCGUUUUGGCGACUUUCCUUUCCACGGGAGAGGCUCACGCAGUCCGAGCCGCCCGUUCCAUCCGCGACGAGAUUCGACCGCGAGCUCCAUACACUCCAUCGGUGGUUCUCUCGACAGUUCAACCGGUACCUGGGGUGACGCCGUCCUCGAGUCCGGCCAGAAUGCCAUCUCGACCCUGCUCCAGCCACCCAUAGUGCGAACCGGUCUGCUUCCUCAUACCUCAGCUCCCGCUUCCACUGCGCAUAAGCCCCCGACUGCUCGAGACAUUCCACCUGUCACGCUGACCAAUGUCCCUCCCGUUGACAAUUCCGAAUUUACGCAAUACCUUACUCAAGUCGGAGCGUUAUACGAACAAUUACGGCGGGUUCAGGCGGACGAAGAAGAGGCAUCUGGUACUCACAGCAGACGAGGUAGCAAGGCCGACGCAACCUCAGCCGAAGAUGGACAUCUACGGCCGGGUAAACGAUCUGGCGCAUCUAGGAGGGCUUCCAGCUCAUCCAUUGCGUCCAUAUCAUCGAUAGAAGCCCCGGGUCCCGCCCGACGCAGCUCAAGCUACAGAAAAGCGGCAUCGCAGGGUCCUCCGCCAUUGUCCACCAUUCCCGUGGUCUACUUCGACGAAGACUUCCACCUAGAAAACCCACGCACUUUCGAUGUUGUUAGCGAGCGAUCCGAAGUAGUACGACCCGCACCGGGAUCCGAUGACCGAGCCCAUCCCAAUGGGCAGGCCUCAGCGCCUCGCAAGGCCCUUGCGACAAAUGCCAUAUUGCAGGAGAAGCUGUCAUGGUACAUGGAUACCGUCGAAAUGCACCUUAUCCAGUCAAUCUCAACCGCUUCAACCACCUUCUUCACUGCACUGGGGUCUCUUAGAGAACUGCAUUCAGAAGCCGCAGACUCGGUGGAAAGAAUCAAGACACUGAGGAGAGAGCUAGGAAAUCUGGAUGAGGAGAUUGCAACUAGGGGCCUGGAUAUCGUGCACCAACGGCGGAGACGGGAGAACAUUCAACAAUUGCACGAUGCAGUCAUGCAGCUCCGGGAAGUGGUUGAGGGGGUAGCUGUAUGCGAAUCGCUGGUAGACUUGGGCGAGGUGGACGCAGCGCUUGACAACAUUGAUGCUUUGGAAAAGCUGAUUGCCGGAGAAGAGGGGGCUUCCCACAAUGGUCGUCCCGGGAUGGAGUUGAGGGAUCUCAGGGGCACCACUGCCCUCCAGGGUGUACACAGCGACAUGAGUACUCUUCGGCAACGUAUCGGCAAGACCUACGAAGAGAGGUUCAUAACUCGUCUAAUACGUGACAUCCAGCGCCAUGUUGCACACGUCUCAACCCAGGAGGUUCUGAUGCGGUGGAGCAGUGCUUCAAUACGCGCACGAGGAGGAGGAGGCCACAACCGCGAGCCCUCGGCGUUUCCCUCCUACCUGACAUCAACAGACAGUCUGCGAUCGGAACUUCUGGUUAGUCUGACUGGCUUACACAGAGCCAAGUUCCUUACAGCCGCUGCGACUGCUUAUAGAGAGACAGCUUUGCGUGAGAUCAAAAACCUCAUCCGCAGGCCCUUGCCGAGUUCGAACGAUGAUGAUAAUGAGUCUAUGAUGUCCGCAUCAACGAUGACAGGAGGCAAGCAACGCUCUCAACAGGAGCGUUCCUCCGUCCUGGCUCGUAACCUGCGUGCUUUGGAACCCCGGGACGCGGAGGAGCUGCUAGUCAAGAUCUACAUCGGAGUAACUGAAACUCUAAGACGACUGGAUACACAAGCAAAGGUAUUGUUAGACGUCGCAAGUUCUCUCGGCGACUCGGAUCCAACUAGUGGGCUUAGGUCUCCACCUUUCAGCCCUACAGGCAGGCGUUUGUCUACAGCAGCUCUGGAAGCUCAAGAAGAGAUUCAUACAGCCCUUGAUCUUUCAAACCUUCUUGGGCAAGCCGUUGAUAUCGCUCAAGAUAAGGUCGUAAGGCUAUUGAAAGUUAGGUCGGAACAGAGCACCCGUCUAACCCUUGAAUGGUUCCUUCGAUAUUUCACUCUCAACCUCCAUUUCGCCAAUGAGUGCGAGGCCAUUUCAGGCCGAAGCGGGACAUCCUUGAAGAACCUAGUCAACGGUCACAUCAAAGAGUUUGUUCAGCGUCACGGAGAUGCCGAGAAGCAGAAGCUUGCCCAGGGCAUGGAAAGUGACCAGUGGGCAAGCCAGGAUUUUACCGAGAAAGAUACUGAGCUUCUCGACCGCAUAUUGGAAGGGAGCACACGAGAUGCAGCCAUUUGGGCAGAAGCAACCAAAGUCUGGAUUCCACCCUCUGAUGACGAGAAUGAUGGCAGCGCUGCUGCUCCUGCCCUUGGAGCGCAGGCCAACAGUGACUCUGGGGACAAGGCCGCUGAAGCACAGGCGAACGGGGCUUCCAAGUCCAAGGCACGCGCUGCCGUCGUCGACUCCGAGACAUUCCUCCUGCCCAAGUCCGCGAUAUUGUGCAUGAAUGGCAUGGCUCAGUUUAUCCACCUUAUCGUCGGCAUUCCCUCCAUGACAGCUGAUGUGUCGUCCUCUCUCAUCGCUUACCUUCAGCUCUUUAACUCACGCUGCAAGCAACUCAUUCUAGGUGCGGGUGCACUCAUGUCCGCUGGACUCAAGAAUAUCACCACGCGCCAUCUUGCUGUAGCGUCGCAGGCACUAGCCUUCAUCGCCGCAAUUAUUCCUCAUGUGCGUGAGUUCGUCCGCCGUCAUUGCGGAAACAACCUUGUCUCCGGUGUGAUGGCGGAUUUCGAUAAAGUCAGACGGGACUUCCAAGAGCACCAGAACAUCAUCUACAAUAAACUGGUCGAGAUCAUGACUGGCCGCGCAGUUCUUGCCUCUAGGAAGAUGAGGGCAAUUAACUGGGAUGCCGGGUCCCCAGCGGCGCAUGAGUACAUGGAGACAUUGGCCAAGGAAACGACCACGCUUCACCGCAACUUGACUAGACAGCUACCCGAGGGAACGGUGCGGAUGAUCAUGAUGUUGGUGUUCAAGAACUACAAAGACACCUUUGGCUCGACGUUUAAGGGAGUGGAGCCUACCACGGAGGCCGGGAAGGAGAGCAUGCUGCGUGACGUCGAAUACUUUGACUCUCGCCUGAACAAGCUCGACGGGUUCGAGGAUGCGGGCCAGCACCUCAUCAACAUUGUUAAAGCCAAGGAGAUCAGGAAAGCACCUCCUCGGCCGACAUCCCUAACUCCGUCCCAUCCUCCGUCUCGCGGUCCAUCCCGGGCUCCAUCCCCUGCGCUCGCUCCCGGUUCUCGUGCCGGAUCUCGCGCCGGGUCCCGUGCCGGAUCUCGAGCUGGAUCGCGGGCAGGAUCUCGCGCGCCAACACCAACCCCGACUCAAACAUUAACGGGAAGAAGCUCCGCUGAAAUUAUAGCAGAAGUUAGUGCCGCUGCUGAAGCAGGGGGGCUCGGAAGGUAAUGUAAAUUAGGAAACGGUUGGGAUCAGGCGUCUAGAAAAAAGCAUUAGUACUAUUUAACGGGGUUUUUACCUCAAAAUGUCGAGAGUGAUAUGACUAAAGUUGCUGCUAGUAGGCUUAUCAUUAACACCUCGCUGUCGGUAUAGAGAGCGAUCAAACAACAUUCCGAGUGAAAUCUUACCAAUCAACAACAAUAAAGAGCCU